UUAUAUAAAGCAACUGAGUGGGUUGUGCAUUGUCUUGUUGGUAAAGAAAGAGAGAAGAGAAGAGAAGAGAAGAUCGAAGAAGAAGAAGAAGAAGAAGAAGAAGAUGGAGGAUGCAUCGGCUUCGAAGUUCAUCCCGCACCAAAUCGGAGGUGUCCAAAACGACGCGCUUCGAUUCGGUCUCCAUGGAGUCAAGAGCGACAUCGUUGGUUCUCACCCUCUCCAAUCUUCCCUCCAAUCUACAAGGAGAAUGGAAGAAGCGAUGAAGAGGCAAUGCAAAGUCAACUUGUAUGGAACUGCUUUUCCUCUCAAGGAGGAACUUGACAGGCAAAUAUUGUCACGAUUCCAGCGGCCUCCUGGGCCAAUUCCAUCUUCGAUGCUGGGUUUGGAGACUGUCACGGGAAGUCUUGAUCACUUCGGUUUUGAGGAUUGUCUGAAUGACCCCCGUGAAUCAGAGACAUUCCGGCCAUUGGAUAUGCAUCAUGGGAUGGAAGUUCGCCUUGGUCUAUCUAAGGGACCAGUGUACCCAAGUAUUAUAUAAUUAAAUUUGAUUGUUAUUUUAGUACCAAAAUACAGUACGAAGCUUAUUGUUUUUCAUUAAAAAGAAAGAGUCCAAGGAACUUGCAUAUUUAAUUGUGAACUUGUGUUUUCGUAUGCUUCGGAUGCUAGAAAUGUUAUGGUCCAUAUAAACAGCAGAAUUUAUGCAUGAUGCAUAUUUGAGGUGA